UAACAAUGACAAUAGCUAAACUUAAUACCAAUACAAAGAAGAACAGCGUAACCAGAACGUGCACGCUUUUUGUCCCGGGUCACAGAUGAGGGCGAGGUCAGAGCGCAGCCUCAUACUUAAGGAGCUGAACUCGAUUCGGCAUGAGUUGACCGUAGACAUGCUGCCACCUCGGUCCAGAAGCGAUCCUUCCAGAAAACCAAGAGGAUGCAGUGAUCUACGGCCAUGCAGUGAUACGCGUCUCGGCAGUGACCCCACUAGAAAUCAGCGGCAGCAGCAAUCCCAGCAACAUCACCUGUUGACCGUACCGGUCAUUCACAGGCCAGAGAAGAAGCCAAGGCCUGUCAGAGACUUACGAGUGGAUCUACGCGGCCGCGUACCACCGGAAGCGGGCUCCAACCACCACCACACCAGGACAACGCUCACAACUAGCAUCAGUCCAGUGGAGAACACGCGAACAUUGCUCGCCCACGGCAUGCCCGUCGCUAGCCCCGUGUAGUUAUGCUGCAGUGCAUGCAUCGAAUCUUUCCUCCCCUGAAAGCGAGCAUCUUAACUGAGACAAACGAGGUGGUAUGCUUGUGGUUACCAUGCAGCUUUGCUAUGAAAGGGAAUAACAGCAGAAUUA